AAAAGUCAUUUUGUGCAAAACUACAAAGUCAUUUGCAAAGAUCGAAAUCAGCAAGAUGUCUUUCGCUGCUUUGUUUAUGCUGUUGAUAAUUGCGCAGACUUCUCAGGGGUUAACGUGGUUCAACGCACACAGAAGGUGUCCUAAAGGAUGGAGCUGGUUCAGUGGUCACUGUUACUUUUUUUCUAAAGAGAAAGCAACAAUCAAAGACGCAAUUACCAAGUGCGCUUAUGCCGUAGAAGGUGGUCGUCUCGCUGAAGUUGGGGGCCCCCGGGAAGACAAAUGGCUGAAACUUCAGAUUAAAAUAAGAGGUAUGAAUCGGGUGUGGAUGGGCGCUUCGGACAUCUCGGAUGAAGGAAAAUUUCUAAAACUCUCCAAUGCCAAAUCGAUUAAAUAUACCAACUGGGGUAAAGGGCAGCCUGACGAUUAUAAGACAGAGGACUGCGUUGAAUUGUUGGAUAGGGGCACAUGGAAUGAUAGAAACUGCGUAUACAAGGAUUUCUUUAUCUGUGAACAAGCUUGAUGUGGACGUGGUAACUAAAGGCUUUGGUUGCAUAAGAUAAUAAAUCUUUAAAGGUUAUAA